CCGGGAGCUAGCCCUGACGCUGAGCAAACAGCGAGAGCCAAAAGAUUAUGGAGAGCGGUUCCAGGCUCCAACGUAGCCAAUGGACGCCGCGCCGUUAUACGACUGAUCUAAAAGCUGCUGCAAUACGAAGUGGACACUCCCGGAAAGGCGAUCUACACUUGUACAGUACCACUGCAUUUAACCCGCCUAUAGUCCCCUGCAUUAGGGCAAAAUGUGGUGUAACGCGAAUCAUCAUAGGACAAACAGCCCUGCCUUACCUUGCCUUACCCUGAUGAGGGAUCCCAGGAUUGCGAGUUCCCCAGUCUAUAUCACCAGGCCCAGCCGGCCUCGACUCCCUCAUCAUGAAGCGGCAACCUCCUCCUCCCGCACUAUAACCCAUCCUGCGGCUUCACGGGCAUCCACUACACGCUACCAACCAUCAUGAAGCUCCUCGCAGUGCUCACCACCGUGCUGCUCGGCACCUCCACGGCACUAUCGCUGGCCCCUCCCCACAAAAACAGCCCACCAAGCCACCACCCGCGCCGCCACGCCCCGGCCCUCCCGCGCCCGGCAAACCACCGCCUCUCCCGCACGCCGCCACCACCACCACCACGACGCAGCCCCGGCUCCGCCUCGCGCCCUGGGUUAGGGUCGGGGUCGGCCAUCUCUUCCCUCCACGCCGCGACGGCGACGGCGCCGGAGCCGGAGUCGGUCCAGGGCGGCGCAAUAGUAGUACUCGGGGCCAAGGGCGACGGACGGCAGAAGCAGAAGCAGCAGCAGCGCGUCGGCCGCGCGUCCGGGACGUUCUCGAUCCCGUCGGCGGAGAUGCCGACCAGGGGACCGACGGCGGGGAACGAGGCGGGCCUGUACUCGGCGUCGUACUGGGUCGGGGUCGACGGGGCGGGUGGCGUCGGAGAAGGAGAGUGUGAUGGCGGCGGCGGCGGGGCGUCGCUCCGGGCCGGGGUGGACACGUUCUGGGAUGGGGGCCUGCGGUCGUGCAAUGCGUGGUACCAGUGGGCGCCCGGGCCGGCGGUCGACUUUGCCGACUUCGCCGUCGGGCCGGGGGAUGUGGUGCGGGUUACGGCCUCGGCGACGGGGGAGGGGGCCGGGUCGGUCACGGUCGAGAGGUUGGCUGGCUGGGGUUGCAACGGGAACGGGACCGUGGUGGAGGCGUCGGCGUCGAUGGAAUGGUCCGGCCGCGAGGCGUCGAGCCCGCUGUGUCUGGCCGAGGCGGCGUGGGUCGUCGAGGUCUUCACCCUCGCGGGGCUGCCGGACGUGCCGCUUGCGCUGGCAAACUUCUCGGCCGUGACGUUCGAGGACGUCGGCGCUGCCACGGUGGACGGAGAGGCGCUGGACUUGGCCGGGGCAAGGAUCCUCAAUAUCGACCUCGAGGCGCAGGGCGGGCGGUUGACGGAUUGUGCCAUCGGGAGGGACGCGAGUGUUCGGUGCGAGAGAGUCGUGGGCGGUGUCUAAGUUGAAGGGACUUUGUUCCUGGAGCGUAUGGCUCGACU